AUCAAUUUCUUCAUCCUUAAAUUAAUAUAAGUAAGCUUAAUUUGAAGAAGAAAAAUAAAAUGAUGGGCUCUAAGGCAUUUCUAUUUCUUGGCCUUUCUUUGGCUAUUUUUGUAAUGAUAAGCUCUGAGGUUGUAGCGAGGGAGUUAGCUGAGACCUCAAAGGAAUUGGAUAACAAGAAUGUCAGACAAUACAGAUGCGGCGUAAACUCUGGUGGGUCAAAUAACCGCCUAGAUGACGACUAUAAGUCCCCACAUGAUGAUUAUAACGAUAGAUACAGAUCUCCUGGGUAUGAACCACAUGACAAAUACAACAACGAAUAUAAGUCUCGGCAUGACGGAUAUAAAUUUGCACAUGGAGAGUAUAACAAUGGAAAUAAUCUCCCCCAUGACAAAUAUAAAAUCCCACAUGAAGAAUAUAAUAAUGGAUAUAAAUUCUCUAGUAAUGGAUAUAACCCAGAUAGCGAAUAUAAGUCUCCAUAUGCCGAAUAUAUCCAUUAAGUGACUAUUCAAUUCUCAGAACAAAACAUGUACGAUAAUAAAACUCUCUUACAUACAUAGUGGCAAGGUCAAUACUAAUUAUAGUCUUGCUACUUUAGACCUUGUUGUAAUAAGUAUGAAUAAAACACCAUUUGUUCA